UCCAAAACACGGAAUUAGUCACAGGUCACUCCUGAAUCCUGAUUCUUCAACUUUCUGUCACUCAGACAAAAGAAGACGCUUUUUGGUUUGUUUGUAUUUUUGGUUUCUUUGACUUCCGGAUGUUAAAAAGUUCAAUGCGGCUUCUGGGCUCAGAAAUGAUGGAGGAGCGACUUUUAGGAAAUCAAAGCAGAAUUCACAGCAUCGAGGCCAUUUUAGGCUUCAGAGAGGAGGAGAACUGUGUGAAGAAGCAGAUGAUGAACAGCGUCCGCUGUGACGUCAGAUCCAGCGCCUCGGUGAGCCCCGAUUUACCGGAAGGCGGCGACGGGAAGCUGUCGGACGACGAGCGCGUGAAAAAGAAGCACAGGCGCAACCGGACCACGUUCACCACGUUCCAGCUGCACGAGCUCGAAAGAGCGUUCGAGAAAUCGCGCUAUCCGGACGCGUGCAGCCGAGAGGAGCUCGCGCUCAAGGUCAACCUGCCUGAAGUGCGCGUGCAGGUGUGGUUCCAGAACCGUCGUGCUAAAUGGCGUCGUCAGGAGAAGUUGGAGUUGAGCUCCAUCAGCCCCAUCAAGCUGCAGGACUCAUCAAUGCUCUCCUUCCCAAGAUCUCCUGCUCUCGAACCAUGGAUGGCACCACCCUGUGUCUCCUCCUCCACCUCUCCACUGCACUCGUUUCCUCCCUUCCUUACCUCUCCAUCCAGUUAUGCUCCUCCAUCCUACCUUGGAAGUCCUGCUGUCAGUCACGCUCUGCCCCUCGGAGCUCCAUGUCCUUCUGCUCCUGCUCCACUUCCCUUCCACUGCUCAGGCUUCAUGGACUCACUGUCUCUGGAGGACGCCGACCCUCGCAACUCCAGCAUCGCCUCACUCAGGAUGAAGGCCAAGGAGCACAUUCAGGCCAUAGGGAAGACAUGGUAGGGUCUGCAUUCACCUGACUAGGGAAUAGUGGACUGGUCGAGGAACCAUAAAUCAACUCUAUACUUCCUGUAGACAGUGUGAGAGAGAAGAUACACAUCUUAAGCCCAUCAUAAUGUCUCGUGUAUGAAGAAACCCAGGAGCAGGACAGGAGAGACUUUAAAGCCCCAGAAUGGACAUGUGCUAGUGACAAUAACCUGUGGCAUGAAAAAGACAUCGAACUCUAAAACAAGAAUUAAAUCUUAAUUUGUAAACAUUUUUAUAGGAACUUUUAUUCAUUGAAGCAGCUCAGUGGACUUUUCAUAAAGAAUAUGCUUAUAAACAAUCAGCAUUACUAGUGUACUUCAUAUCAUAAUAAUAAUUUCAUACUACUAUUAAUAUGCUAAUAUAAUAAUUUGCAUGUUAUUAUAACAUUUGUAAGAAUACAUGAAUUAAAAAGCAACAAGAACAAAUUAGAAAGGGCAAACAAACAAAGGUUAAUUUGGAUGAAAAGCAAUUUGGGUUCUAAAGAUCACUUAAAACAAAUUGUGUUCUCCAACAGAGUGUUUCUUAAACACCAAUCAAAGAAACGUCAGGGAUGAAAAAAUUAAUAAAAAAAAAUCAAAAAGGUUUUGUUUUGUCAAGAUUUUUGUGCUUGAUGAACUUCUUUACUGUGAGCACUCACAGGCAUGACAAUCUAUUUAUUCUUCUCCUCUGAUGCUUUGUGUAAACUGUGAUUAUGAUUUUAUCUAAAUGUAAAUAUAAAA